GAAAAUCACGAAACAACUUCAUAAGCACCAAUAGAUACCAGUAUAUAUAAUAACUCUAGGUUCUAUCUUUUAUCACCAUCCCCAGAAAAAAGCUUCAUUGAAGAAUAUUAAAUCAAAGCCAUAAUAAUUGCCAUAGUAAAACAAUUAUGGCUUUGAAAGUGAUAUUUUUCGUGGCAGGAGUCGUCCUGACUUUACAGGUUAUUACAACCUUCGCCGCGCCGAACUUCAUUCCGUCGGAGCAAUCAAAGCUGGACGAUUGGAUUGAUCACAACAUGAGAGCCUACGAGAAGGACAAGACCGAUCUCAGUGAGACAGUUAUUAAUAAUAAGUUCACCUUGGACAAGGUACUAACGGCGGCUGAGCACGCCGUUAAGGUUAUGAAGGUGAGCCAAGACGGCAAGGGAGAUUUCAAGACGAUCACAGACGCCGUGAAAAGCAUUCCGUCGGGGAACACGGGGAGGGUGAUAGUGUGGAUUAGUGGUGGAGUGUACCGUGAGCAUAUAAUGGUGGAUAGGUCGAAACCGUUCGUGACGUUUUACGGAGACGAGGCUAAUGUGCCCGUGAUCACGUUUGACGGCACGGCGGAGAAGUUUGGGACCUGGAACAGCGCCACCGUGGCGGUUGAGUCCGACUACUUCGUUGCUGCUAAUAUUGCAUUCGUGAAUUCGUCUCCAAUGCCGAAGGGAAAAUUGAACGGUGAGCAGGCAGUGGCAUUGAGGAUAUCAGGAGACAAGGCAGCUUUCCACAACUGCAAAUUUAUAGGCUUCCAAGACACCUUGUGCGACGACAAGGGCAGGCAUUUCUUCAGGGAUUGCUACAUUGAAGGCACCGUAGACUUCAUCUUUGGCAAUGGACAAACACUUUACUUGAACACAACCAUAAGAUCAGUUGCCAAGCUAACAGGGGUUAUUACAGCCCAAGGGAGGGACAAGGUAUCUGAAGGCAGUGGGUUCACCUUCGUUCAUUGCAAAAUCAUAGCUGACGGGGACACUUACUUGGGCCGGGCUUGGAAGGAUAUGCCCAGAGUGAUAUUUGCUUACACCUACAUGGGCACCCAUAUCAAUGUCAAUGGAUGGUCCAACGGCAUGUGGCCAAUCCAAGCUGAGGGCAAUAACAAUAAGGAUGUGUUUUACGGGGAGUACAAGUGCAUGGGACCCGGAGCUAGCACUUCUGGUCGCGUUAAGUAUGCAAAGAUUCUAACUGAUGAGCAAAUCAAACCUUUCAUGAGCAUGACUUUCAUCCAAGGCAACAAGUGGCUUAUCCAACCUCCCAACCUUAAACGUUGAACCCUGUGAUCGUGAGGGGAUAUAGAGUGCGCGCAAUUUAUAAUAUUUGGAUAUUUUAAUGUGCAUGUGCAAUUAACUCAUCAAAAUCAAAAUAUGCUCUAUACAUAUGAUCAGAGACUUUUUUCA